AUGUCGGUAAAAGCGGCAAAACCAUCUGCACGUACAGCGGUACCUACAUCGCCUCCAGCUGAUAAAGAUGUAGCCAGUUUGCAGGUUUCUUUACCUCAAAUGUUGGAUCUUGCAUUGGGAACUCCGGAAGUUGGAGCGGUAAAUUUAAAUAUCCUCCACAAUUUUCUUCAUAUUUUAUUACAUCAAAUAAAUCUACGAUCAACUAAAGUCGAGUAUCGCGGUGACGAUGCUAAUCGAAUUAAGACGAUGGUAGGUUCGCUGAAAGCAGGACCCUCUCUUUACCUACAGGAAUAUAAUAUCAUCGAUGCCUCCAGUAACGUGAAAGAACGAGUACGUAGUAGUGACGCUAUAAAUGUGAAAGUAGAUGUAUUAAUGGAAGAAUCUAUAGUGAAAGAUUCCAAAGAAUUAAUUGAAUCUGUGAGUGCUCCAGUUACACAACGCGAAAAGUCUAAGGAAGAGCAAGUUACGCCAUAUGCACAACCAACCGAGGGAGAGGAUCUGAAAAAAACAAAAGGUGUAAGGCAAGAAAUUAGCUCUGGGUCAAAAGGCGAAUGUGAAACUGUCAUUCUUGUUGAACCUAUUAUCGAUGGAGCAACUCCUACUGCAUUGGCUUUUAAACAACUCGAGCAAAACGUAAACGAGCUUCAACAACGAUUUCAAGCACUGGAAGACUUAUCAACGACUCCAGAACUUAUCGAGCGAUUGAAAGGUAAAAUCACUGACCCUGUUACCGACGUAUGGCAAAUUAUCAACAUUACCAAAAGAUUGGACGCUAGUGAGCAAGGUAUUGAUAAGUUGACGAAAAUGGUACAGGAUGUGAUCAAGGGUGACACAGUAGGAGAAGCAUCAAAUCUCGAGGAAAGGAUAGCGAAUAUAGAAUAUUCUUUAAGCAAUUUGGAUCAAGUCGUUAAGAAUUUACAAAUAAUUGCCAAAAUGGACGAAGACGAAGGUGCAGAGGCUGUCAUCACUGAAAUUGGUGAAGAAAAAGAACAACCUGAAUCUGAACAACCUGUACAACGAAUUUCAUUAAGCCAGCUUUUAGGCGGUAUAGAUAUUAAAGGAAUGCACAAAGACGUGACAACCUUGCAAACGGAAAUUUCCCAGAUAAAAGCCGAAUUAAAGGAUAUGAAUGAGAAAAUUACUACAACGGAAGCAGAAAAAGUGGAAGCCCAAGAAAAAGCAGCAGUGAUAGAAAAACCGAAACAUCUGACUGAAACAACACAGGAAGACGUGGAAACGAAACAUACCGAAGAAACGGAAGAAGCAGUGAAGCCUGUAGAAAAAGCAGUGACGUCGAGUAAAGAAAUUCGCACAGGAUCACCGAAGAAACCUGCGGAGAGCAAACAGACGGAAGAAGUAUUGGAUUCAGGGGGAUUGCAAGUCUUAAAGGAGCGAAUUUCUAAAUUGGAGAAAGAUGUAUCGUGCUUGUACGAAAAAGUGGAGAGUGCGCCAAUGGCUGGUGUCGUGGGAGCUGCUGACGUCGAAGACCUAGUUUCCAAAAUUAACGAAAUACAAUCCGAUAUGGAGAAAAUGAAUCAAACUGCCGAUCGUCUGAUCGAUGAUCGAGAAAAUCGGGAAAUGCAUCUUAAUGCACUAUUGGAACAAGUAGAACUUCUGAAAACCAUCAAAGCUGACAGAGAGGAUCUCGAAGACGCGCUUGCAGAUAAAGCUGAUGCUCAGGCGAUACAUAGGAAGGUUUCUUAUGACCAAUUCGACGCAGCCUGCGAUGAUCUUGCUCAAGGCCUUGAAGACGCAAUUAAUAAAUUAGGACAUCAAGAAAUGAUCUGGCAGCAAGCUUUAGAUGAAGUACAGAAGGAGAUCGAAGGGAAAGUUGACAAAAUGGAAAUGUCUCCGCUGAAGGAUUUCGUUAAUAACAGACUGAAGACACUUCAAGAUAAAUUGAAGAAGGUAGCAGAGGCUAGACAAGAAAUCGAAGCAGCUGGGACCAAGAAGUUGCUCAGAGAUGUUCAAUGCAUAUCUUGCGAUAAAGAUGUGGUCAUGAGAAUGGAUGGGGGCCAUAAAUUCAAGGUGGAGACAUUACCAUGCACCGUGAGCAUGAAGCCGUACCUAACCUAUGAAUUGGAUCAGGUUAGAAAACAACACAGGAGGUUACCUCAUAGUAGAAAUAUGAUUCAAUUUGAGGCAGCCGUGCAGGAGGAGGCAAGAAAGCAAAAGAGCGCAAGAACGGAUACACUUGUGAAGACUCCUAGAGAUCAUCUCUGCAAUCGAUACUGUGGUGGAAGUCACACGAUUACGACUCCUCAGCAGAGGGUAAUGCGAGUGGGUCAUUUCCUCACUCAGUGGGGACCGGAAAUAGUUCAGCUGACGGAAGGGAUGAUAAAGGGAACGGACGGUAAGAUGUAUAAAAGCCGACGAAUGCCAGAUAAAAUCGAUGUCUGCGGGCCUGCAUAUUGCGACGAACGUGACGACCUUCGAUCAACGGACAGACAAUCGAUAUCCUCUGUACCGUCGCGAAAUACCGUGAAGCAAGCUUCCAGUAAUUCGAGGAAACGGAUUGUAAAAAGGCAUUCACGAGAGAUAAACAAAGAAAUAAUAGAAGAGUUUGUAGAAACACCAGUAACAGAAACCGAAGACCAGGAGUCAGUUGGUGUGCCCAUCGAUACAGCAGGACCUGGAGAUCGUGUUGUUCGAUACAGAGAAGAAGAAGAAAUGGGAGAACCAGAUUAA